UGUCAUUUGAGCAUUUCGUGUGUAUUUUUAUUGGAGGUAAGAAGUUAUAAAUGCUAUUUAUUUCCAACAUUUUCUUUUGAAAUUCCAUGAAAAGAUUCAAAGAUGAAAUUGUACGCUGUAUCUGACGGUCCGCCAUCGUUAGCUUGUCGUAUGGUAUUGAAAGCACUAAAUAUUUCAUUUGAAUUGGUACCGGUUAACUUUAAUAUUGGCGAGCAUUUAACUGAUGAAUAUUUCAAGUUGAAUCCACAAAAAGAGAUUCCGGUGCUUGACGAUGAUGGUUUUUUAUUGAGCGAGAGUGUUGCUAUAAUGCAGUAUUUAUGUGACCAAUAUGCGCCAGAGAAUUCAAUUUAUCCGAAGGAGCCAAAGAAACGAGCACUGGUCAACCAUCGAUUGAACUUCAACAUGGGAUUUUACUACAAUUACAUCAGCCAAUAUGCGAUGGCACCGAUUUUCUUCGACUAUCCACGAAGUGACAUGGGGAAAAAGAAAGUUGAACUUGCGCUAAAUGCAUUCGAAACAUACUUGAAAAAUACCAACACCAAGUAUGCAGCUGGGGAUAAUAUGACUAUUGCCGAUUGCGCUCUUGCAGCCGGCACGCUACCAUUAGAAGCAAUCGGAUAUAAAUUCGACCAUUGUCCAUUGGUUACCAAAUGGUAUAACACAUUCAAGAGUGAAAACGCAAGCGUGUGGGAAAUUGGACAAGCUGGCCUCGAUGAAAUCGCUGAUUUUGAACAAAAUCCACCAGACCUCUCGAAAUUGAAUCAUCCAUUACAUCCAGCAAGAAAGAAUUAAUCAUCACAGCUAUAAUCAAACAUUUCCAGAUUUUUUUUGGGCACUCGAUUUACAUUUUUAAAGAAAAGAAAUAAAUGCAUAGCAACUGAA